GUAGUAUUGGCACAAUGAUAGACCAUAAGUCAACUGAAUAAAAUUGAAGAGCCUCAAGAGAAACCCUGACAUUUAUGAUCAAUGCAUAAGCAUAUGAGGAUAGUUUAAUGGAGAAAGAAUAGUAUAUUGACUAAAUGCUGCUGGAAGGUUGAGACAACCAUGUCCAGAAUAAUUAAGUUGGACACUUUUGUGCAUGCUGUAUAAACACUCUGAAGCCAAUGGAAGAGUUAAAAGUUGUAUAAUUCGCCAUUUCUGUGAGAACCGGGAAGGAUAUUGGUGUAGAGGACAUUCACUACCAUGAGUUCUGGUGCAUUGCCAAAACCUCAGAUGCAUGGUCUUCUGGCCAAGCGCCUGCAGGUUCACAUUGUUGGUGCAUUCAUUAUGGCCCUGGGAGUUGCUGCUUCCUAUAAGUUUGGUGUGGCUGAACCCAGAAAGAAUUAUGACUCUAUGAAGGACUUUGAAGAGAUGAGGAAGGCUGGUAUCUUCCAGAGUGCGAAGUGACAUCAGAAUGUACAGAAUUCUUUGGAUUGCGCUCCAUAGAAGUUCAUUGCUGACCUGUGUUCCUGAAUUAUGAAACACGAAUAUGUGGGCU